AAACAAAAUUGUGAAGACUAGUAAACCUAAUUUGAUUACCUAAUUAUAAUUGAUAAUGGUUUGUAAAAGCAUUCUCUCACAAAAUAGGCAACGUACAGAGAAUGAAACACGAUCGGCCAAGUUGUCGGAUCUUGAUGUUCUUGAUUGUCCGGUUUGCUUCGAGCCGCUCACAGUUCCUACCUUCCAGUGUGAUGAUGGACAUCUAGUUUGCAGUUUAUGCUUAGCCAAAGUGAGUAACAAGUGCCCUGGUCCUGGGUGUGAUUUACCCAUUGGUAGUAAGCGAUGCUUCCCAAUGGAGAAGGUUCUUAAAGCAGCCUUUGUUCCAUGUCGAAAUGCUGAUAUUGGUUGCCCAAACACUUCCUCUUAUGGGAAAGUGUCAAGUCAUGAAAAGGAAUGCAACUACUCUCGCUGUUCUUGCCCUAACCUCGAUUGCAAUUACAUUGGCCCAUACACCAGCAUGUACAGUCACUAUAUUUGUAGCCAUCUUGACGAAAACAUGACUUGUUACUUUCGUUCGUCUGCCCUUUUUCGGAUAAACAUUAACGAAAAGGUUUUAGUUCUUUAUGAAGAUAUGGAGAAACUAUUAUUUGUGGUUCAGUGUUUCAGGGAGGUGCAUGGUGUUUAUGUUACUCUUAGAAGUAUUGCAUCACCAACUCCAAAACUAGAGAAGAUUUCGUACUGGCUUUCCUGUAGUGUUGAUGGACACUCGCUUGCUUACAAAUCACCAGAAAUGAAGAGGUUUCUUGAAGUGAGUUCUCAAAUCCCCGAAGAGAGUUACAUAUUUUUCCCUAACAGUUUAUUGUGUGGUGAAAUGUUGGAGAUGAGUCUUUCCAUCGUGAAUUUCGACGGAGAGUGGCUCUAGAUAUUAUUUGAUUUGAUGACUCUCUAGCUCUCACAUUUAGAGCAACUGCAUCAGCAAAGACUACAAGAGUCUCUCAAAAUAUUUUAUUUUUAGUCGGUAAUAAAAUAUAAUUGGAAGCAAAAUCGAAAUCAAACACUUGGGUCUGUUUUUAGAAAAAAGUUUUAUAUGGGUUGUGUUAUCACUAAGACCAUCUCCAUUGUAUUUCUCUAUUUUUUUCUCUAAAAUAGAGUAACUCAAAAAUAGAGCACUGUUUUACUUUAAUGUA